AUCAAUGUAAAGGAAACUCUCCUGUACUCUUUGCAUUUUUUUUUUGUUCAUUCAGUAAUCGCUGAUAUUAGUAGUACAUUGAGCAUUAGUUUCUUUAUAAUACAGUAGAGGUAAUUACGUUCGAUCAAUAAACAUUUCUAAAGAUUGUUUUAGUUGUACAUGUUUUAAAAGUUUUAUCUUUAUCUCCAUUAUGCUAGUUUUCAGUAUGCAGUGAUCGCUCGACUGUGAUUUGUUACAAUAUUCUGGAGGAUAUUUUGAUAUAUAUCGAUAAUAUUUAUAUUCUAACGAAAUAUUAAUGGCAAUAAAGAGUAUUAUUAAUCGUCCAGUUGAAAUAAGUCUUCGUUUGAUUGGUGCCUGGCCAAAUUCUUCAUGUCAAAUUUUAAAAUAUAUCAUGUGGACAACUGUGAUGUCAAUAUUUUUGAUAUUUCAAUACUCAUAUUGCAUUAUCCAUAUUAAAACGGCCACUUUAAUAGAUAUAUUGGAUUGUUUAAGCAUUACUUGUUCAAAUACUCUUCUCCUUCUGAAAUUUAUUAUCAUUUGGUUCCAUAAACGAGUUCUUUUUGAAAGUUUGAUCAUAAUUGCCGAAGACUGGGAUAAUUGUAAAUUUGAAUGGAAUAUGGAAAUAAUGAUGCAGAAAGCUAUUUUAUCCUAUCGCAUUGCAAAGCUUAUGCUUGUAAUAUUUAUAUGCAGUAUCUUUAUGUAUGCAGUGUCUACGUUUUUUGGUCCUGAUAUUGGAGCAUCACGUUCUGAUCAGAAAAAAUUUUUAUUAAAGAUGGAAUUUCCUUUCGAAGCAACAGUUUCACCACUAUAUGAGAUUAUUGUAACGAUUCAACUUAUCAUGCAAUUUAUGUUUGCCACAAUGGCUGGAAUGUUUAUGACAAUUAUUGCAACUUUUGUACUCCAUGUGGCUAGUCAACUCGACAUAAUCUGUGAUAGAUUAUCAGAGAUUUUAGACGCACAUAAAGAACAAGAAUUACGUAUAAGAAUCAUAAAAAAGCUUAUAGCAAAACAUCAAAGAACUUUAAAUUUAUCUGAAAAUAUCGAAAAUAUAUUUACAUUUAUCUCUUUAUCACAGUUUUUUUUUAAUAUUUUAGUGAUCUGUUUUGUGAACUUUAUUCUUGUAACCUCAAUAGGCACUGAGCAAGCACCUACAGUAAUAUCAAAAUGUUUUCCUUACUACGUAGCUCUUAAUUUUGAGGCACUUAUACUUUGUUAUACGGGUGAAUAUCUUAGUUCCAAAAGUGAGAAUAUAAAUUGGAUUGCGUACAAUUCUAAUUGGUAUGAAUUAAGUAUUUAUGAAAUUCGUGUUCUUUUAUUAUUAACAAUGCGUUCUCAAAAACCUCUGACUCUUACAAUUGGGAAAUAUAUGAAACUUUCUUUAGAAACAUUUGCUAAUGUAAGAAUUUCGUUAUGUUUUUUUUAAGAAAUUAA